AUGAUGACCUUGCUCUCGCGCGUCGCGGGCGUGAUGUUCUCCUCGCGCGAUUCCCUCCGCGACCACACGCCUAUCGCGCACCUCUCUCCGAAAACGCCCGAAGAAGAGCGUGCUCCUCCGAAGUCGCGAUACGUGGGCGUGGUCGCGGGCGCGUGGAAGAAAUCAAAAAAGACUUGGGUAGCUCAGCACGGCGGUGAGCUAGGGAGAUUCCCCACCGAGCUCGAAGCCGCGGAGGCGUAUUGCAAAGCACUGGGGUUUCCCGAACCUCUGCUUCGGGUGGAGGGCGAGUGCGGAAGAGCGACAGUAAAACGAGAGCGACUUAAAUACGAGCGGCCGUCUGACUACAAAGCUGCUCCCAAGUCGCGAUACGUAGGCGUAACCGCGAGUGGCAACUGGAAGACCGCGAAGAACAAGUGGCAGUCGACGUUCCGUGGUAAGUACGUGGGCACUUUCGCGACGGAGGAAGAGGCGGCUCAGGCGCACGCGGACGCGAAAGGCUGUCCGGGCCCGGUCCUUCGCGAAGGCGGCCUUCGCAAGCGCAAGAACCCCGACGACGCCGUUCUGGAAGCCGAGGAGGUCAAGGAGGUAGAAUCCGACGAUGAUGAUCGCGAUGAGGUCGUCAUCGUCGAGAAAUUCCCCGACGUCGGCACGCGCGUGAAGAAACGCUUCGGGUCCAAGUCCAGUCGCCGGUGGUGCGAGGGCGCGGUGACGAAAGUCGACGCCGGCGACGACGCGCCCGUGACGGUGACGUUCGACGACGGCGACGUCGAGCGGCUCACCGUCGCGCGGUACGAAUGCGAGUGCGUCGCGCUCCCGGCGUCGCGCACGAAGAAGCUGAAGUGCGUAUACUGUGCGCACGUCCUGUCGGUGACGUAUAAGGAGACCGAGCGCGACGACUUCACGUUCGAGUGUCCGUACGAAGGAUGCGGGAGACCGCUGCGCCUCCCUCGAAAGAAAGAGUGA